UGCUUGUAGCCCGCGUUUGAUGGUAGAAUAUGAAUAAGACAGAGAGCUUGAAAUUUCGCCACUUGGUGCAACUUUGCCAAAUAUGAACUGAUUUUUGCUGACUAAAAACCGGCGAGAACGGCUAAUAUAGACACUUUGAGCUGGAUUAAUUGCCUUUUUGGAUUUUGCAUAUUUACCGCAUAGAGGACACUGGGAAAGGAAAAUAACGCACCAGCUUAUUGCUAAUAAACAUUAGCAAAGAUGGGGAAACAGUUACUUUGGUUGGAUGGGAGGUUGAAAUCCUCAGGAAAAUGAUGUAAACGGACCAUAUGAGGAGGACUAACAACAACCAGACGCGUCAUUUUAUCUUGCGUCUGAGACAGCAGUGCCAUCAUGUAUUCGAGAUCAAACAAUCCCACAAAGGCCAACUCCAGCAGCAGCAUCACAGAGCUCCUGAGCGUUCUGUGUGACCGCAGCCUCUCUGGGGUCUCUUGGAAGCGUCGAGCCCUCGGAGGAGUUUCCAGAGAGGGCUUCCACCGAGCCCUUAAAAAGCGGGCCUACGGCGCCUUGCUGUCUAAGCUUUUUCAAGAUGGCACCAAAGGGUCUGCCUCGAGACCCAGUGCCGCAGCCAGAACUCCACCCAGGAACAAAGUCCUGAUGAUGUGCUUUGACUUGCGAGUGGCCGGCUGCCGGGAAGAAGCGGAGGCGCUGGAGGAUCGGCUGGGGAGGCUGCGUGAAGGAGCGUCCUCCGGUCUGAAAGAAGUAGACUCCGUCCUGGAGCUCCUAGUGUGCCUCGCCGGCUCCGCGCCGCCGCCUCCCACCUCGUUCAGCAGGGACUACAUGAGACGAGAGAGGGCCGUGCUGCGGAAGCCGCAACCCUGGAGCUACCAGAGCGAGGAGCUGCAGAGGCUGGAGGCCAGGGCGUGGGGUCUGGUGUGUGCGGAGGAGUGGGGGACGCUGGAGACUCUGUGUGUAACUCAGAGGCUGAUGGACUCCCUGCCAAGGACAGGGUUGCUGGCUUUGAACACGAAAGUGGAAGCAGAAGAGAGAUUUGAGAAGGAGACGCGGCUGUCGUUGUUUGGGGCGCUGCAGCACACUCGAACAUCAGAUAUGGACAUCAGACUGGACCUCCCGCCUAUUCCCAGUAAUAUCGAUGUUACUGGACUGGCUAUCAGGGUUCCUCACUACUUGGAUCAGUCUGAAGACGAGGGCUUCCAGUCAGCCUCCAACCUGACCCCAGACUCUCAGUCAGAGGCGAGCCCCGUUCCAGAUGUUGACAUCUGGGAGGCUGUCCGCACGUUUGAGCCCAGAAGACGCCGCUGCUGGGAGUCUGUUGGCUGUCCACCAGGAAACAGGGAGUCCUUCUAUCUGACAGAGGGAGGCAGAGAGACGUUUGACCAGCUCUAUCGGCUGUGGGAGGGAGAGAUGAGGGUCGUGAGCUCCAGCGACUCCUCUCCCAUCCUCAUCCUGCCCCUGGACUCCCAGAUGCAAUUAGUGUCCGACCUCCUGAAUGUUCUGAUAGGAGUGGCGUCCACUACCUUCCCUCUCAACCAGAGCGUUCAGUUUGACGUCAGGCCUGGCGUGUGCGUGUCGGGAGCUUCUCCAGAGAGCGUGUCUCGUCUUCUGGGAGAGUUGGCCCAGUAUGGCACCCACUACCUGAGGCUGAGUCGCUUUUGUCUCCAGAGUGGUGACAAGAAGGGCCUAGUCUUCCAGGCGUUCACCGGUGGUCUGAGGAAGUAUCUGCAUUACUACAGAGCGUGCGUUCUCAGCACUCCCCCCACUCUCAGCCUGUUGACCAUCGGCUUCCUUUUCCGCAAAGUGGGCCGCCAGCUCAGGUACCUGUCGGAGCUGUGCUGUGUGGACGGACUGUCGGGCUCAGGCCAGGCUGCCUUCCCUGUGGGUGUUAAGCUGCUGUCCUACCUCUACAACGAAGCCCAGAGUAACUGCAGCAAUGAGAACUAUCCCAUCCUGCUGUCCCUGUUGAAGAGCUGCUGUGAACCUUACACACGGUUCGUGUACGACUGGGUGUACAGCGGCGUGUUUCGAGACGUUUGUGGAGAAUUCAUGAUCCAGGUCAACGAGGACUACCUCAGUUUCAGGGACAAACACUUCUGGGUUCAAGGCUACACUCUGAUCUCGAUGGAUGUGGAGGACUGUGUGCCAGUCUUCCUGAGACAAUUUGCCAACGACGUCUAUGUCUGUGGGAAGACCAUAAACCUUCUCCGAAUCUGCUGUCCACAGCACUACAUCUGCUGGUCGGAGCUGCCGGUGCCUCGCAUCGCCGUCACCUUCUCCCUGCAGGAGGUGGAGGAGAUUGAGCGGGAAUGCGCGGUGUAUCGCAGCCGCAUGGAGAGGAUCGCGAAACACAGCGCCGUCAGCAGGGAGGAGCAGGCCCUGCGAGCAGAGCGAUCGCGCCAGGAGCUGAUCAAUCAGGUCAGGGAGUCGGCGGCUAAAACCCUGGAGAGCAUCCGAGGGCGCCAGGUGUCGCAGCGUCUAGCUGAGGAGGCCAAGAAAAGGGAACGCUUUGAGGAGCUGAAGCAGCACCUGGAACAGGAGCAGGAGUGGCGAAAUGCAGCCAAGAAGAAGCAGGAGGACGACGACUUUGGCUUUGCCAGAGAGCUGAGAGACAGAGAAAAGAGACUGCAAGCCCUGGAGGAGCAGCUGGAGCAGAGAGCCAGAAAGGAGCUGAUUGCUCAGUACAGCCGUCUGUCGGAGGAAGCGGCUCGCAGAGAGAGACGGGCCAUGUGGAGAGUGCAGCGAAUGAGACUCCACGAAGCCAGGGAACAGUUCCUCAUGCUCGAUGGGCAGAAAAUUCAGGUAUUGCUGGAUAAAUACCCCUUUGGCCAGGAGAGCCCUCCUGUGGCUGCAUUGCCAUCUGGUCCUUCAUUAACGCCACAACAAACUCACGAAUUUCCCACUCAGGAGGAGCAGUUAGCAGACAUUCGAAGAUCAGAAGCUGCAUCCCCGCCACUUAAUCCGUCGGCAGCAGACCCUCCUCGCAUCUCGGAGGACUCUGACAUCAGUGACCUUCUCACUAAAUCGCUGAAGCCUGACAGUCAGCAAGUGGAUAACGCCUUGGAGGAGAUUGGCUCUGACCUACCUGAUGCCCAUCCUGCUCUGCAACUCGUUGACUAUGACUUUAGUGCCCCCUUUAGCCCACUCGAGGGUAUCGCCGGCCAGUCUUCUUCUCAGUCCAGGCCUCGGUGGGGACCUGCAGUCCAGCCUGAGUUGAUGCAGCACUCGGAAGCUUCCAGCUCGGGUACAGACCAGGGUCAGAAUGAGGCUGUACCUGAACAAGAGGCAAGUGAUGAGCAGAAAAAAGAUCAAACUAAGACUGAGGGAGUUGAUGCAGACACUAAAGACCAAGACUCAGAGAGUGGAGAUGCACCUGGUGGAGGUGUUUCUCUCCCAGGCCCUCAGCGUUCUCUCUCCAUUGCUAACAUAAAGGUUCCAGACAGAGGCUCUCAUGGCCAUCCAUCUGAUGCUCAUAUAAAGGUUGGACAGAAUGUCUCUGAGGUAACUGCUCACAUCCCCUCCCCCAACAUUCAUGGCCAUGCUUCAGACUCGCACAUCAAGGUGGGAGAACACGUGUCUGAAGUUGACGCUCCCACACCGUCCUCUGGUGCUCACGGCCACUCCUCUGACGCUCACAUCAAAAUCGGGGAAUAUGUUCCUGAGUGUGUCCUUCCUCUUCCUGUCCGUAACAUCCACGGUCAUGUCUCGCAUGCCCACAUCAAGGUUGGCGAAUAUGUUUCCGAAAUAGAGGCGCCGUUACCGUCGCCGAGCGUUCAUGGCCACAGCUCUGACGCUCAUAUAAAGGUCGGGGAAAAUGUUUCAGAUGUUGUGGCGCCGCGGCCUGAGCGUAGCGUUCACGGCCACAGCUCUGACGCUCAUAUAAAGGUCGGGGAAAAUGUUUCAGAUGUUGUGGCGCCGCGGCCUGCACCCAGUGUUCACGGACAUUCCUCUGACGCCAAUAUAAGAGUGGGGGAGUUUGUGUCUGAUGUAGCAGAAGGAAGACCUCGUUGGAGUAAACACGGGCACUCCUCGGAUUGUGUCCUCCAGCCAGGUUGUGUGGUCUCUGGAGAAGAACUCCCAUCAGCCCCUCUGCCUGGCAGCUCUUACGGUCACUCCUCGGACUCAGCUUUAGGUAUCGGGUGUGUGGUCCAGGGAGAGGAGCCCAAACGAGCAGCGUUACCUGGCAGCGCCCACGGACAUUCGUCAGACUCUUCUUUGGGUAUCGGAUGCGUCGUCUCAAAAUCCGACCCUCUUCCAUCGCCACUACCAGGCAGCGCCUACGGUCACUCCUCUGAUUCAACACUGGGCAUCGGCUGCGUGGUCCAGGGGUCAGAGCCGCCGCCCGCUGCACUUCCAGGCAGCUCAUAUGGUCACUCAUCAGACUCUGCUCUAGGGGUUGGAUGUGUAGUGAAAGGAAAAGAAGAUCAAAACCUGCAAAAGACAAAGGACAAGGAAGAUAAAGUUUCUCCUUCAGGCAGCCCCACCGAUGACAGGAUGGUGUGUUGGACGACUGGUUUGUGGUUAUCCCCUGGAGAGAAGUCCCAGCAGGAAUACCUCAUGGCCCUGUCCGCUCAGUACCAGGUGGAACACUACGAGGACUGCUACAACUUACUAGCUUCGUCCCCUGAGUCCCAGCUGCUGAAGCAGGUAACGCGGGGGCCCUGGGGUCUUCCUGUGGACCCGACGCUCCGCAGAGCCACAGACACCACAGCUGUCCAGCUCAGCGAGAUGGUUUCCCUGCCGGUGCUGAUAAAGCACUCUGUCACCGCCCCGCUCAUCACGCAUGUCUCCUUGGUGAAUAAGGCUAUCGUGGACUACUUCUUUGUGGAGCUGGGGGUGGAAAGACACUUUGAGGCGCUUCGCCACUUCCUGCUGAUGGAGGAUGGCGAGUUCGCCCAGUCUCUCAGCGAUCUGAUCUUUGAAAAGAUGGCCAGCGGCCAGACUCCGGGCGAGCUGCUGACCCCGCUGGUCCUGAAUUCCAUCCUCAGUAAGGCCCUGCAGUACAGCCUCCACGGAGACACUCCCUUAGCUCCUAAUUUCACCUUCGCCCUGCGCUUCCUGCCCGAAACCUUCCAUCCCCACGCCCCGGACUCCCUCAACUGCUUGGAGCUGCGCUACAAGGUGGACUGGCCGUUGAACAUCAUCAUCACCGACAGCUGCAUGAACAAGUACAACCGCUUGUUUUCGUUCCUGCUGCAGCUCAAACACAUGGUGUGGAGCCUCAGGGAUGUCUGGUUUCACCUCAAGAGGACAGCACUGGUGAAAGGCGCGGGCCGCUCGGUGCAGUUCCGUCAACUGCAGCUCUACAGGCACGAGAUGCAGCAUUUUGUCAAAGUCAUUCAGGGUUACAUCGCCAACCAGAUCCUGCAGGUGUCCUGGACUGAGUUCACGGCGAAGCUGGCCACCGCCGGUGACCUGGACGGCAUCCACCGCACACACGCUGACUACCUCAACAGAGCCAUCUUUAGGGGUCUGCUGACGGAGAAAGCAGCUCCGGUCAUGAACAUCAUCCACAGCAUUUUCAGCCUGAUCCUCAAAUUUCGGGCUCAGCUCAUCGCACAACCCUGGGACAGUCAGCAGGGGGAGGCAGUGCACCCGAGCUUCAUUGCUAUGCAGCAGUCGUACAACACUUUUAAGUAUUACUCCCACUUCCUUUUCAAAGUGGUGACUAAACUGGUGAACCGAGGCUAUCAGCCCCAUUUAGAGGAUUUCCUGCUUCGCAUCAACUUCAACAACUACUACAAGGACUCUUAAGGUGCUCUCUGGUUUCCUGUUGUACAUCGUUUAAUUGGCUGAACCCUCCCUGUGGGCCGCUUUGAGAAGAUAUGUUGGAUUUAUGAUGGUGUUCAAACGUCCUUCAAAUCCCACCUCUGCUGUCCUCCAUUUAGGAACCAAACAGUAAUGAAUGUUGAGCCCUUAAUGGUUUCCAUGCACUUAAACAAUCAAGGCGACAUGCGUGAGCUGAAGCUCAUGACUGUUGUGAUGCAUCUCGUGUACAUGUGGGCGUUCAUCGAUGUAUAUUUAAAGCUAAUAUAAGUGAAGUGUUCAUGUGUGAAUACAAAGUUGACAUGUUUUCUGAGUCUGUUUUUAUGUGAAAUUUCUAAAGUAAUGUGAUUAAAAAAAAAACUCCAAGCAAUAACUCUGUUAAGAAAUUACAUAUUUAUUAAAGACUGAAUGUUAACAUUAAUGGUUUUAGAAAACCGGGUUUAAUUAAGUGCAAAGCAUUUCAGGUAAUAAAUGUAGCCGUUUAUAAAAAAGACAGAGUGAAGAAACACGUUCCUGCUAAUAUUAUGGUAAUGUACCUCCUUCACUGUGAGUACCAAGAAUUUUUCUAAUGAUAAAUGACUUGCAAAGCAAAAAAAUAUAUCAAGGCUGUAGCUCUGCGGCAGGUCGCAUACAGAAGGAAAGUUUUAGUUUCCGGAUGGAAUAUUAAAAGUUUAAACUAAUUUCUUCAAGCCAGUAAUUUGCUAAAGAGAAAACACAAACAGCAGCUUUGUCUUUAUACACACACAAAAAAAAA